UUCUGCUCACCUCCCCCCCUCGAGAAUCGCUUUUUCCAUCGACUCCGCCCAUCAUUUAGUGGCAGCACCCAGGUCAAAACAUCCACUUAAUUUGCCAGUCGUGUUACCUGGUCAAACCAACCCAACUUCAGCAUCAAACCAACAUCGACGACCGGUGCCCACGUUGACGACGGACAUGAUGAACGUUUUGCUGUCGCCUCAGCCCCCAUUCUUUCCCCAUCAGCACGACCACUCCCGACGCUCUCCCUCGCGAUCGAGUACGUUCACCUGCAUUUAAUUACGUUUCCCUCGCCCCAAUCUUUGACAGCCGAGUCAAGCCUCUUAUGUCUCCCUUCCACAGCAACAUGAUGAGCAAUCGGAAACGAAAAGCCGAGGACGAUGGCGAUGAAAUGUCGCUUUCGCCCCUCAGCUCGCCCGCUACCCAGAAUCGCCAGCUAGCGACCCGACCGUCCAAGAAGAUCCGAUCCACCGAAAUCUCUGGCCGCCCGCUUUCCCUCCCCAGGCUACUCGAGACACUCGAUGCGGCAUCCUUGCGCAGUGUGCUCCAACAGAUUUGUGAGCGACAGCCCGAAAUCGGAGAGGAAGUUGUCAAGAGUGCACCCAGGCCGACAGUACCUAGCGCACUCGGUGUGCUACAAGAAUACCAGGACAAGCUACAAGCAGCAUUCCCGUACGGCGCCACGAGUUCAGACUACACCUACUAUCGUGUGAAGGCACCCCUCGUCGCCCUCCUCGAUGCACUCGCCGACUUCACACCACAGUAUUUACCGCCGAUUGAGUCCCAAGCGAAUAUUUCGUUACAGUAUCUGGAUGGGGCGACCAAGAUGAUCCACAGUCUCCCCGAGUGGGAGAGCCAAAGCUAUCGCCACCAUAAAGAGAACGCCUACGACGAGAUCUCAAGAGCAUGGGCUUUAGUCAUCAACGAGGCGGCAAAGAGAGGUGGAGGGUUUAUUCUACACUCGGGAGGCUGGGAUCAGGCGUUGGCAAAGCACAACCAGCAGUCUGGAGGACGACUCGGGACCGCCAUGAGCGCCAUGGCUUCGAAUGUGGGCUGGGUCGGCGGAGGACCGAACGCGGGGGCACAACCGGCCGAGCAGAACUCGAUUCUCAACGAACUGAUGAGCGGAAACUACGGAUCGCCAGUACGAGUCGGUCCGUGGUAGGCUAUUCGGUCU